CUCGCUGUCUACAGUACAGUAUCUCUCUCACUGUCUCUCUCUCUCUCUCUCUCUCUCUCUCCCUCGCUUAUACUCAGGAGCCAGAAGUUCCUCCUUCCUAUUCAGCAACAACGUCGUCGUCGCCGUCCGUCUCCCAUCACCAUCACCGCUCGUCUUCAUCGCCGCGGCUGCUGCUUGUUCUCGGCCUGUUCUCGCUUGCUGCCGCGCUCGUUCUGAUCCACCCACUCCAACUGCACCAGACCACCACUCCCAUUACUACUCCCACUACUACGACGACCAUGUCCUCCCUCUCGCCCACAUCGCAGUCCUCGCCCGACGACAGGCCGCACCGCCCAGCGCCAGGCCCCGUCCCGCCUCGCAUGCGCGCCGUCCUCGUCAACGCACAGGACUCGGCGUCCCUCCACAUUGCAGAGGUCGACACACCCAUUCCAGGCGCCAACGACGUCCUCGUCCGCGUCAAGGCUGCUGGCGUCAACCGCCUCGACCUCCUCCAGCGCAAAGGCCGCUACCCUGUGCCUGAAGGCGACUCGACCAUCCUGGGCGUUGAAGUGUCCGGUACCGUUGCUCAGAUCAGCCCUGAAGCCCAGAAAAUCUCGGGCCUGUCGCUCGGCGAUCGCGUUUGCGGCUUGUGCAAUGGUGGCGGCUACAGCGAAUAUGCCAUCAUUCCCGCAGAGCUUGCAAUGCCCAUCCCCGACACAUUGACCUUCCAUGAAGCUGCUGCAAUUCCCGAGGCAUUCCUCACGGCCUACAGCGCAUUGUUCUGGAGCGCCGGCGUCACCGAAAAGUCAAAGUCUAUUCUCAUUCACGCUGGAGCCAGCGGUGUCGGCCUGGCUGCAGUCCAAAUCGCCAGCAUCGACAAGCCUGAGGACCGCCAGAUUAUUGUGACUGCGGGAACGGAGGAGAAAAUUGCCGUCUGCCAGGCUCUCGGUGCGACGCAUGGCGUAAACUACAAGUCGGGCCCGUUUGCCGACGUCGUUUAUGGCAUCAGCAACCACAGGGGCGUCGAUGCGGUGAUUGACUUUGUCGGCGGUCCGUACUUUCAGCAGAAUGUGGACUGCGCUGCGCUCGAUGGCAAGAUUGUCUUGCUGGGCAUGCUCGGCGGCCCCGAGCUCGACACCGGCCUUGGAUUCAACCUUGGUCUGCUGUUGCGCAAGCGCCUCACUGUGGUGGGCUCCACACUGCGCAACCGAGACCUGGCGUACAAGGCCAAGCUCACCAAGGAAUUUUUCGAGUAUGCCGCGCCGCUGUUCGACUCGGACAGGCUUCAAGCCACCGUCUAUAAGGUGUUUACCAUGGAUCAGGCCGAGGAAGCGCACGCAGUUGUCCAGGCCAACGAGAACAUUGGCAAGGUGAUUCUUGCUUGGCAGCUCAAGACUGGUCUGACCCCGGCAUCGUCCAUCUCCACUCUGAAUGCUUUGUAACGCAGGCAAUGGCUAUUGCUUCAUGGUGUUGUCUCACGCGACUGUUGCACACUGCCAGAGUGGUUUGAUGUCCAGUUCAAUUCAAUAGCAAUCAAACAAAGUUUUUUUUAAAAUAAACACAAACACGUAUCAGUG